GACACAGAUGUUUCAGUCUCACUUUAACGCAGCCUGCGCACAGGAGUGAACAUCGUCUGCUGACAUGGUGGAGGGAAAUGAAAGUGUGUCCUUGAACAGGUCACUGGCGGAGACGGACCGUUUCAGCAACCUGGAGGACAUCGACGUGUCAGCGGACGGCAGCCCGGUUCUGAGAUUCCUCAUCUGCCUCGUGUACUCAGCGGUCUGCGCUGCGGGGCUGGUGGGGAACCUGCUGGUCCUCUUCUUCAUCAGGGUGAAAAAGGAGAGGAAGAAGUCCAGCGUGAACUUCUUUGUGCUCAACUUGGCGGUGACUGAUCUGCAGUUUGUCCUCACGCUGCCCUUCUGGGCCGUGGACACCGCGCUGGACUUCAGCUGGCCGUUUGGAGACGCCAUGUGCAAAAUCAUCCUCUCCAUCACCGUGAUGAACAUGUACGCGAGUGUGUUCUGUCUCACCGCGAUGAGUGUGACCCGGUACUGGUCGGUGGCCUCUGCCCUGAAGAAUAGAACCGCGCACAAGUCCUGUUCAGCCAAAUGGGUGUGCGCAAUCAUUUGGACUCUGGCGACUCUGGCCACGACGCCAACGUCGAUUUUCUCAACUGUCAGCAACGUAAGCGGAGAGAAACUGUGUUUGCUGAGGUUCCCAGGUGGACAGUACUGGUUGGCAGUUUAUCACAUACAGAAAAUACUUGUGGGUUUUGUGUUGCCAAUGUCCAUCGUGUCCAUCAGCUACAUCAUGCUGCUGCGUUUCAUCCGCAAUCGGAGCAUGAAAACGAGCAACCCCAAACGCAGAUCCCAGGUCACAAGAUCCAUCACCAUCGUCGUGUUGUCCUUCUUCCUGUGCUGGAUGCCAAACCAUGCCAUCACCCUGUGGAGUGUGCUGGUCAAGCUGAACGUUGCAAACUGGGACAGAGCGUAUUACAUAGUCCACACGUAUGUGUUCCCACUGACCGUCUGUCUGGCGCACACCAACAGCUGCCUGAACCCCAUCAUUUACUGCCUCAUGAGGACGGAGUUCAGGAACAAACUCAGAGAUCUUGUACACAGAGGAUAG